AUGACCUACCGCACCACUCUGGAUCUGCUCUCCAAAUCCAAGAAAUUUGUCCCUAAUUACAAAUGUGAUAUUCACAAAAAUCUCAUGGUCAUCAUUGGAGGAUUAGGUUCUGAUACAUCAUCAUAUAUAGCUGAAAUUCUAGGUUUCUACAAGAUUCCACAACUGACAUAUGGCUCGUUAGACGAAGAGGCAUUUCGGAAGAGGAAGCUAUCUUCACUUUAUUUCAUGGCCCCAAAAGAGGACCAUCAGUACAUUGGGAUUAUCCAACUGCUUCGUCAUUUCAGGUGGACAUGGAUUGGGAUUUUUGCUGUUGAUAACAAUAACGGAGAAUAUUUCUUACAGAAAAUGCAGCCAUUACUUUCAUGGAAUGGAAUCUGCUCAUCAUUCACACAAAGGCUUCCACAAAUAGUCCACGUGGAAGAUGUUUCAGAACUUUAUGACACAGUCUCAAGUAUUUCUACUAAUUUGAUGAAUGCCAAAGCAAAUGCAUUUCUUGUCUAUGGAGAAUCGUUGACAAUCAUGGGGCUCAGAACUGUCACAUUUGUAGCAGAUCCUGAAAACAAGCAAACUGCAUUACUUAGAAAGGUGUGGAUCAUGACUAGCCAAAUUGAUUUCACACUAUCCGGCUUUCAAAUUAUGUGGGAUCUCCAGAUGUUCAAUGGGGCUAUUUCAUUUACUGUUCAUUCAAGAGUCGUUCUAGGGUUCAAGGAAUUUCUUCAGAGCAUAAACCCUUAUUCAGGCUCCAGAGAUGGGUUUCUGAAGGAAGUUUGGGAACAAUUAUUUGAUUGUUCAUUUCCAAAACCAGAGUUACAAGAAAUGUCCAGUAGGCAGUGCACUGGGGAGAGAAAGCUGGCGGAUCUUCCUGGGCCUUUGUUUGAAAUGGAAAUGACUGGCCAAAGCUACAGUGUCUACAAUGCUGUUUAUGCUGUGGCUCACGCUUUGCAUGCUCUACUCAUGUUUGGGUUCAAUAAGAAAAAAAGGAUGAUGGCUGGAGAGAGAGUCUUCCUGAAUGAGAAGCGGGAAGCAACUGGUGGAUUUGACAUCACCAGCUUGAUUACAUUUCCAAACAGAUCCUUUCAGAGGGUUAGAGUUGGACAGUUGGAUCCCAGUGCUCCAAAAGGGAAAGAAUUAUUCAUUGAUGAAGGUUUGAUUGUCUGGCACCCAGCUUUUAACCAGGUUCUUCCAAUUUCUCAGUGUAAUGACCAUUGUCCCCCUGGAUCCUGGAAGAAAGGGGUUGAAGGAAAACAAUUCUGUUGCUAUGACUGUGUUCCAUGCCCAGAAGGGAAGUUUUCAAAUCAAAAUGAUAUGGAUGACUGUUUUGAAUGUUCUGAAGACAAAUAUCCAAAUAAAGAAAAGAAAGAAUGUAUCAUGAAACUGGUGGUCUUUCUAACUUUGGAAGAAACACUAGGAAUUAGUUUAGCCUCCACUGCUCUUUGUUUCUUCUUCUUGACAUCUUGGGUUCUUGGAACUUUUAUUAAGCACAGGAACACUCCCAUUGUUAAAGCCAACAACCACGCCCUCACCUACACCCUCCUUGUCUCUCUUCUGCUCUGUUUUCUCUCCUCUUUCUUCUUUCUCAGCCAACCUGGACAAGUCACCUGCCUUCUCCGACAAUCCAUUUUUGGCAUCACCUUCUCAGUGGCCAUUUCUAGCGUCCUGGCCAAAACCAUCACUGUGGUGGUUGCUUUUAUGGCCACGAAACCAGGUUCUCCGAUGAGGAAAUGGGUGGGGAAAAGAUUGGCCUUUUCUAUUGUCCUUUCCUGCUCUCUCUUCCAAGGCUGUAUUUGUGCUCUUUGGUUGUUAACAUCUCCCCCAUUCCCUGAAUUGGACAUGCACUCAGAAGCCAAAGAAAUGAUUUUACAAUGCAAUGAGGGGUCAGCCUCCUUCUUCUACUGCGUCUUGGGCUACAUGGGGAUCUUGGCCCUCGCCAGCUUUCUUGUGGCUUUUCUUGCCCGUAAAUUACCUGACAGCUUUAAUGAAGCCAAGUUCAUCACCUUCAGCAUGCUGGCCUUCUGCAGUGUGUGGGUCUCCUUUUUCCCAGCCUAUCUGAGCACUAGAGGAAAAGCCAUGGUAGCCGUGGAGGUCUUCUCCAUCCUGUCCUCCAGCGCUGCAUUAGUGGGAUGCAUCUUUUUGCCAAAACGCUUCAUCAUUGUUUUCAGGCCUGAGCUCAACCACAGGGAGCAACUCAUAAAGAGGAAUUAG